AUGGAUGGGAAUGGAAGAGAACAUAUAUCAUAUAUCGUCGUUUCGUGCGAUGGUAUGGCGGUAGUGGUUCACGAGUAUGCGGUUUCGAACUUGGUGCGACGAUACAUCAUGAAAAUAUCACGGCGAGCAUGAGCGAGCAAAACUAUUAUUAUAUUAUCUUAAACCGCGAGUAAAUAUAACGCUCCUGUGUGUGUCCCGUCCUCUCUUUGUAUUCUUCCUCGCAAACGUACUCUCUCUUGUACAACCUGUACUUAUGUGUCUCGCGAGCGACAGAGAGGAGAUGUAACGUGGUGUGACAACGAUGGCAUCGUCUCGACAGAACGAGUCUAUGUGUGCCGCUGUCACAGAUCACGCUUCUACAUCGUCGCUUUGACAAUCAGCUGAUCAACGCGAUGUCUCGACGUGGUUCUACCAGGAUGGACCGAGAGACGCUCGGAUUGAGAGAUUGUCGGAUUCAUUUUGCAGUGGCUGAUAAGAAUCGUGCGCACGAUUUAAUCUCGCGAUCUUGAAGUAAAAAUCAAACUUACUUCAAACUAUUCAAUUUUACAGCGAUUCCACACGAGCUCUCCUUACUCUGGAGUUUUGUUGCGAAUGAUACCAAACGCGGCUUGUAAUGAUAGAAACGGACUGAUUCAUACUUUCUUAGUAGUAACGUGAAAUAUAUAACUUGCAGAAAGCUCAAACAUAAUGCUCAAAGUACCUACAAAAUUAUGAGCAAAAAUUUUCUAUGCCCUAUUUAUUGAACGAUAAAAAAAAAAGCAUAAAAAUGAACAGGGCAGAGAGCGCAGAUGCCGGCAAGGGUUGGCGCGAAUGCGCCAGCUGGUUAACUAGAUGCGGUGCGUUACGAGCGGAUCACAAGGCCAAUUGGCCACAGGCAACAGCGUUUGAUUUGGCUUACACGUUGCGAGACGGCGUCUUGCUUUGCAAUUUACUGAACAUUGUGGACUCAGGUUGUAUAGACAUGAAGGAUGUGAAUCAGAAGCCGCAGAUGGCACAGUUCCUGUGCUUACGUAAUAUAAAAGUGUUCCUGUCAGCAUGCUCGAGCAUCUUCGGUCUCACCGAUUCGGAACUGUUCGAGCCAUCUAUGCUGUUCGACUUAUCUAAUUUCCAUCGUGUUCUCUGCACGCUUUCUGCCUUAUCCAACUGUCCACGAUUCAGGCGAAAGGGUAUACUUGGAUUUUCUGUUGGUCAUGGAAGAUCGCAAGAGGACAUUUAUAAGGACUUACAAAGUGCUGGCGUAGGCCGCGAAGAUGAGGGUCGUCGCAGAAGGUUUAGAAGACGGGAGGGUGACGAAACGGGCGGCGGGGGGGAUAACGAAGACCCGGUCGGCGAGGAGGACGGAUAUGGAGCUUUUUGCAGUCACGCGCAAAGCGAGGAAAUCUACCAGGAUCUUUGUAGUCUGCACUUACCACCUCCUCCGUCCGUUGCUCAGGGCGGUGCCAUUUCCGGAGGUGAGAAAAGGGAUUAUGUGAUCCAGGAGCUUGUGGAGACUGAGCGAAAUUACACAGAGGUUCUCAGUAGUUUGCUCAGGCAUUUUGCGCGUCCGCUGUCAUCGUUACUCCGGCCUGAGGAUUCUACGCGCAUUUUUUUCGGCAUCAAAGAACUCGCAGAGAUCCAUGUGGGCUUCCAUAGUCAGCUGCGCAAAGCACGAAACGGCGCAGCGCUUGCCCAAGUUUUCCUAGAUUGGCGGGAAAAGUUUCUCAUUUACGGUGACUACUGCGCAAAUCUUACCCUUGCGCAAAAUACUCUGCAAGAAAUCUGCACGCGUAACGAAGUAAUCAAUCAAGAAGUUAUCAGGUGUCAACAAGAAGCUAAUAACGGUAAAUUCAAGCUGCGCGAUAUACUAUCUGUGCCGAUGCAGAGGGUGCUCAAGUAUCAUUUGCUGUUGGAAAAGCUAGUAGAAGAAACUCCGCGUGAAUGGGUUGAAGAUUACCAUGCGCUGACGAAGGCGAGAGAAGUAAUGGUCGAUGUCGCUCAAUACAUAAACGAAGUAAAACGCGAUUCCGACACAUUGGACAUCAUAAAAGAUAUUCAAGCGUCAAUAAUUGAUUGGGAUGUGCCCGAAGAUGCGCAGUUAAAAGAUUUCGGUCGAUUACUUCGUGACGGCGAGCUGAAGGUGAAGGCUCAUGGCGAUCAGCGGAUAAAGGCUCGUUACGCAUUCGUGUUCGAGCAAGUAGUAUUGAUUUGCAAAGCGGGCAGGGGAGACCAGUAUUGUUACCGGGAAACUCUACGUUUAGAUGAUUAUAGAUUGGAGGAUCAUAUAGGACGGAGAACGUUGGGUAGAGAUUCGCGUUGGUCCUAUCAGUGGUUACUUGUACAUAAGCAAGCAUACACGGCGUACACACUAUACGCAAGAACGGAGGAGCAGAAGCAGAUGUGGAUAAAGGCGCUGCAAGAUGCAAUGGAUAAUGUCAAUCCCGCGGCCUGUCGCAAUACCAAUCACAAAUUCAAGUUGACAACGUUCGACACUCCUAGGAGCUGUCAACGGUGUGGAAAGUUUCUUAAGGGUCGGAUAUUCCAGGGUUACAAAUGCGAGAUAUGUCGACUAGCCGUGCACAAACAAUGCAUCGUACAUUCGGGUCGCUGUGUACCCACGGCACCGUUGUUGACACCACCUCCACCCUUACCCUGUGAACGCGCGCUUGCCGCGAAGUUGUGGUUCGUUGGGGAGAUGGGAAGAGAUGCGGCGACCAACAAGCUGGAAUCUCGCGAGGAUGGCACGUAUAUGUUGCGCGUCCGUCCAGCCGGGCAACCGCGCCUCAAGCAUGAAACGAAUUACGCGCUCAGUAUCAAAGCGGAAGGAGCGGUGAAACAUAUUCGAGUGUUCAAACGUGAUGUCGACGGUGCGGAUCUAUAUUAUCUCAGUGAGUCCCGAUUCUUCAAGAGUGUCGUUGAGUUGGUCGAGUAUUAUGAGCGAGCGUCAUUAUCGGAAAACUUUGAAAAACUGGACCAGCGUCUACUAUGGCCGUACCGGCGAGUUCUAGCUAAAGCACUAUUCGACUUUCGCGGCAGCGAACGCAAUCAACUGAGCCUGCGACGCGGUUGUCGCGUCGUGGUACUAAGCAAAGAGGGCGAUGCCAAAGGAUGGUGGAAGGGUAAAAUAGGCGAUCAAGUAGGAUUCUUUCCAAAAGAGUAUGUAGAAGAGGAAUAGAACUGUUAAAGUCAAAUUAUAUUUAGAUCAUUGCAUAUACAGGGUGUCCCCCAUUUUAAAAAUUCCAUCCUCAUAACUUUUCAGGAUCUACGUUUGAAGAAAAACGACUCAGAUAAAAGUUGUAAGGAACAAAGGGAGCUAUCUAAUAGUGAUCUUGGAAAACCUUUAAUGUCAAAUCCAAGGUCACUAUUAGAUAGCCCCCUUUGUUCCCUACAACUUUUAUCUGAGUCGUUUUCCUUCAAACGUUGAUCCUGAAAAGUUAUGAGGGUGAAACUUUUAAAAUGGGACACCCUGUAUAUCGAAUUUUAAAAAGUUUGAGAUGUCUUCUUAUAAUUGAUUAUUAAUAAUAGUUGUUUAAAUUGUAUAAUUAUUUAAAUAUCUGUAAAUUGGAUUUGGAUUAAGAAUGAUCAAAAUGGUUGAAAUAUUCUCCAUCGUGAUAUAAGCUGAUAUAUGCCUCUGUUGAUAUGGCUUUUUUAUCUUUGUUUGAUUUUUAUGGCAUUUAAAUUGCUCGUUUUUUGUCUAGAUCUUUUAUAAAUUUUAUAGUAGUAGUCUGUUAAAAUAUAGUAUUAACAUAUGAAAAGAAUGAAUAUCAUGAAAACAUUAUUACAUAUUUGGGGCAUGAAAUUGAGAAAAUAUUUUUGAAUUUUACUGUUCAUAAAA